AUGGAAAUGAGAGUGAUGGAGGAUAGAGAUCACUUAGGGACAGAUAAUAUCUCUUUGCCACAGGUUGACCCUAGAGGCCUUGGUGGUCCAGCGGAGGUAAUUCUGGUAGCGAAUAAGGAAGGUUUGGAUAUUAUAGAAAAGGAAAUUCGAGACACAAGAAAUGAAACUUUGGGUAACGUAUUAGAGGAUAUUCGGGAGACUAGUAAGGAAACUACAAAGAUUGCAAUUAUGGUGAUUACCAAUGGUCAGCCUGAAGCUUCAGCUAUGGAGAAAACCAAUGACCAGUCUGAUGGACCGUGUCUAUUGAAUAAUCAAAUAUCCUUGGCUUCGGAUUCCACAUUCUUUGUAGAUCAUGAUUAUAUUCGUGUUGGUAAUAGCGGUACAUCUUUGGAUGAUGACAGAGGUCUGUAUUGUGCUAAUGAACCACCUGAUAAAGGCUUCCACUCUGAUGUUGAGGUUACUACUAAUCUUGCAUGUGUUGAAAUUGACUCAAUUAACUUGCAAGUGGAGGAUUAUAAACCAUUCAGGCAUUGUUACUAG